CAUGCCUCUGGGCACGGCCAUCACGAUUCGAAAUAGCGAACGCCCUGCAAGUGAAAUCGCCGCCCCAGACUACAUUGACGACUUGGUUCGCGAGUUUUUCCGGGUGCAUCAAAUCACGGCGGCGCUCGACGCGUUUGCAUCCGAACGACCCGAAGGCCGACGCAACGUGGACGCGAUUACCGUCGAGGAUGAAAGGCUUCUUGGUCACAACAGCGCCAUCUUUCGAGCGGAGCACGGCAUCAGCCGGUUGGAAGCGUUCGUUGUGUCGUGGAACCAGGUGGAGCAUGCGAUGGAGUUGCAGACGGCACGCCAUGAGACGAAGCCCAUUAAACCCAAAAAGAAAACGCCGCCGACAUUGACGAUCCAGGCGGCCGCGGUGCCAGAGGUGAACGACGCAGUCGCUCCAAAGGUCGCUAUGUGGGAUAUGGGGGCUCCAGGAUGCACCCCCAAGCCCCGGGUCCAAGAUCUCAAGUCGUUUGGCUUUGACGACGUCGAUGAUCUCUCGAAUGCGUCGGCAAUGACCGUCGGGUUGAGUCCCGUUCUGGACAAAUUCAAGCCUCGUACACGUUACUCGAAGAAGGUAUCGAUUGGUGAAGCCGGGGCGACGCCCAAGAAGGAAUACAUUUUUUACCGCGAAACGCCGCCGUCGUUUGUCACGGAGAGCGAGGAAGCUGCGCGCGAAGUCAUGGAGAAGCUAUCGCACGAUCCGCUGUACGCGAUCGUGCCCGCCGAGGCGCAGCAGCGAUUUGUCGAGCUCUCGAGCAGUGACGUUGGGAAAUACGCCAUCGGCAAGCGGGUCGACGGGCUGGGGGCAGCGCGAUCCAUCUCUGGCGUCGUGGCAAAGAAGUAUGGAAGCAAGCAGUGCGGGACGAGUGGUCCAGGCACGAUCGUGAUCGAUACACAGCCCGACGACGACACCAGCUCUUCCACUGCACCCCCUCCUACGACGUUCUCCGCCGAAGACGAAGCCUUGAUUGACUCCCUGCUGGAUGCCCAAUGACAACGGAAACCAACAAACGAUGCCGCGCUCUCGAUAUAAUUCAUUCCCAAUCACGUCUUCUACUCG